CUCUCGAGAAGGCCUUAAAAUACACGCAGCAGACGAAUUCGAUGUGCUUCUUCAGUAUCAUUUUGAUAACUUAGAAUACGAGGUUGAGAACAUAAAGUCAGGUGGUAGUGUAUUGCCAGAGCUCGCCUAUCUGCGGGUCGAUAGUACGAUGGAAGAUCUGUUGCUGACACACCCAAAGUUAUGUAAGAAAGGUGUGUUCUUUGAAAUGAAUGAUAAGCCGUACCUCAGCACAAUGGCUCUUCAGGAGAAAGUCUUCAAGUCAAUAAUUGCGUCAGCCUCAGACAGAAUAGAAUCGAGGGUCAACGAGGGUCAGAGCCGCGAAACAUAUGGGUUCAGAAUUAAGCUCCGUACCAAUCCGCCCUCAGUCAACAUUCGUAUCGAGCUGGCAAACAAUGAUGUGUACAAGAAUAUCAAGAAAACUCAUGCGAUCUGUUAUGGAGAGUUUCAUGCCCAAAUGGGUCGACAGAAUGGAUCAGAGAAAACAGUUAUUGAUGUGGACAUAGUGCCCGGUCUGCUGUUAUCAGAAGACAGAGUGCCAGAUCCUACUAGCAAAAGGCGCACAAUGCCGUGUCCGACAUACGCUGUAUUCAAGUGGUUUACCGAAAACCAUAGAUCCGCUUCCCGUUUUGGAGCAAAACCCCAUCUCCUUUGGCGCGUUUGUAGCUCAGGCUAUGAAAAGCACGUGAUUGAUGUUGCACGGGGAAAACGUGAGCAAAUGCACAUAGUAAAUGCCCUGAGAAUCCUGAAGCUCUACUUUCGUAACCGAAAGAAGAUGGCGAUAGAUCGGUAUGAACCUCCGCCUCAAGUUGUCACAGUGUUACGUUCCUACUAUCUGAAGCAUAUUGCGUUCUACUGCAUACUCUUUCUGAGAGUCCUCAACAAAGUUGAAAUAUCCGAUGUAGAAGUAGCAUUGACGUACAUGCUAGAAUUUCUGGGAGUUUGUCUUAAAGAAAGAAAACUUCCUCAUUUCUUCCACGCUAAUGAAUACAUCACAAGCAUGUUUCCUAACUUUAACUGUCAGCCUAGGUCGUUGAGAUACGAUUUGUUUCAAGGCAAGAGUGGGGACUCUUUAAACCAGGCUAUGUUGACGUACCGCACAAUGACGGAUCGGAUGUUUGCCAUGUUCACGGAAUCAGCUGUUAACGAAAACGUCGUUCAACGGUUCAGAAGCUACGUUUUAGCUGGAAGUUACUACAAGUAAUGACAUGUUUGUGUUUAACGUUGUAACAAGAUACUGUUUGACAGAUUUGAUAGACAAGUUACUUAUUUAGGCAAAAAUUUUCUUAUUUUCAGUUUACGCUAAAAUUCAAAGGUUGUUUGUUUGUUGUUUUGUUUGAAACAAAGUUUUCCCGCGCAAUUGUUCGUAUGUGCUUUCGUUUGAGAAGUUGAUUAAAUUUUUUCUUUUAAAAUGAAA